UUAAGAAGAACAGAAAAUUGCAGUUCCUGCUAAACGAAGACGUCACCGGGAAAGCUAGAGUCACCCUUUUCUUUCUUUUAGGGCUCUUUUGAAACGCAGGGAGUUUAACUUGGAUAAGCAGUUGUUUCGAAAACCUACAGAAAAUAUUAACCAGGAAACAAAAACACUUAAAAAAGUUAAAAAGAGCAGCCAUGGAAAUGUCGAACGAACUCGAUAGGCUGCUCUUUUUUGAGCAAGCUUGUAAAUUUUCCGAAGUUACUUACGCUUCCAAUCCUCUCGACGCCGAUAACUUGACCAGAUGGGCCGGAGCUUUACUGGAGUUGUCUCAGUUUCAAAGCGUUCCAGAAUCCCAGAAAAUGAUUCAAGAUGCUAUUUCGAAGCUAGAGGAGGCUUUGUCGAUUAACCCUAAAAGGCAUGAUGCUUUAUGGUGUUUGGGAAAUGCUCAGACUUCUUUUGCAUUUCUGACUAGCAAGGAGGACGAAGCGAGGCCUUAUUUCGAAAAGGCUGCUCGAUAUUUCCAGCAAGCUGUUGAUAAGGACCCGAGCAAUGAAGUUUACCUCAAAUCGUUAGAAAUAUCUGCUAAGGCUCCAGAAUUACACCAGGAAAUCCUUAAGCAUGGUUUAGGUCAACAGACGCUGGCUGCUGGACCUUCAUCUUCUACUUCUUCCAGUUCAACAAAGACUGCUACAAAGAACAAGAAAAGUAGUGAUCUCAAAUACGACAUAUUUGGAUGGAUAAUCCUCGCUGUUGGCAUUGUUGCAUGGGUUGGGUUUGCAAAAUCACAAAUGCCACCUUCCCCACCACCACCACCCUGAUAAGCGAUGGAUGCAUGCAAUGCCCCAUAUCCGCAUGCCUCUGGGGGAUUCAAACAGCCUCCAGACUUUUUUAGUUGAGACAUUGGGAAAAAAUUUGAGAAUUUUAUGUUAUGUUAGUUAAAUUUUUUUGACCUAAUUAGUGCUUCCAUAUCAAUGAACCAAACCAAUGAUAAAACAAAUAAAAAAAAAAGUCAUUUCUUUAUGAAACUAUGAUUUUUCUCCAAA